AUGCUGCAGAAAUCCAUUUGAUCAUUAUAAUCAAGCAAUACAAAUGUAUAAUACACUUAACAUAUUAGUAACUAAUAAGUUAAACCUUACAUUGUAUGUUGGAGUACAGUACAGCAUUCGGAAGUGUUUUGAAUGCAUUUUCCCUGGCAUGACUUGCUUCCCAAAUCCAGCAUGGAUUUCAGCUGCAGUUGGGUAUUUCUUGGCAGAGUCUAGCUCUUAUAAUAAAAAAAAAAAAAUCUUGAUUUCACACAUAUUAUGUGGAGUAAUAGCUAUCAGGGAUUUGGGAUUUUCUGGGAAUAUGUUGAGAAAGCAAAGGGGGGGUUUCUUGUCAGAACUGUAAGACCACAGAAGUUUCCAUUUAUCCAGAGAUACUGUGCUCACACGCUUCAAAGCUCCCUUAUAGUUUGGAUCCAAAGCUUGUUUUGCACUUUCUGACACACUCUUCUCCUUGUAUUUGUCUUUGGUUUACUUGAACAGAUUUUCUCUCUGUCUACUGUUUCUCCGAAAGCUUUCUGUCAGUGCGGUAUCUCUGCAAACACACGCUGCACUCAAGUAGCUCUGAGGCUCGGAGCAAUCUCAGUUUUAUUCCAAACUUUUUUCUUUUUAUCUCAGUCCUCACAAAAGUGUCCUACCCUGUCUGAUCUAUGUCUUUCGGUUCUCUCAGAAAAGUAUAGAAAAGCAAAAGAUAAAGUGGCCACAAUGCUCUGUAAAAACAUAAUGUACUUCUAUGGGAAGUAACAUAGUGCCUUUUCUUGCUUCUGCCACACCCUUGCCAUGCCAACGCUCCAGAUGUCAUGGGAACCGAUAACAGCUGGUGCUGGUGCAGGCAGGCUGCGUGUGAAAGGCCGCUCCAUCUGCAGAAACCCAAUCCCUCUGUGAAAGCAGUGGAGGAUUAGGCACUUUUGAUAAGGUCAUCAAGACAUUUCUAUCAACUUAACACAUCUGUGCGACCAAAAGAAUUAUUCAAUAUUAACGUGUGUUUUCUGAGUAUUGCAGUAGCUUGUGUCUAUGAUUAUAUUAUCAUAUUUUGAGCAACAUUUGAGUGCAUUGUCUGUGGUUCAGGGCAAAUCAAUCCUUGCAAGCAGUUAAUGAUUUCAUCAUGUAUACAUCCCACUUGAUUUAACCGUGAUUACAUGCACAGAUUAGUCUCAUUAUCAAGCUGCAGAUGAGAAAAUGAAGUCUUCAAAAGUAAACACAAGAAGACAGUUGUGGUCUGGCUUGAGGUCAUGGUGGCUUUGGGAAAAGGGGGAGGAGAAAGGUUAUGAAAAAACUGUACACAUGCCAAGUCCUGGACACUUAAAUUAGAGGGGCAGCAAAGCAAGGGGGCAUGCUUCAGAUUUGGAGAGAGUUGCAAUUUCAGACUUGACCCCAGGAAAUUGUUGCUGUAACACUGAAGACAUAACUUGUAGGAUUCCGUAAUCGAAGUUUUAACGUGUUAACAGUUUAGCUCACUUGUCCAGUUUUCCAACAAAUCGCACGCUUAGAAUCUAGAACUUAAUUCACUGCUGUCGUUAAAAAGCCACUCGUGUGCGCGACGGAGGCACAGGUGGCGCACAAUGUCCACCGGCUCUGCAGCGAGUGAUGCUGAGGACUAUGAGACGUGUCACAGACGGACUCUGGAGAGGAAGAAACACAAGACAACCUGCUACAAUCUCAACCGGUAUUCGGACGAGGAGUUGGAGGGCGACGCCGCGGAGGGUAGGACGAAGCAUCCUGAGCGCAAACUCGCCAGCAAAGCGCACCACCAGAGGGACGCGCGCCAAACGCAGAGAAACGCGGCCAACGCCCGGGAGAGGUCGCGCAUGAGAGUGCUGAGCAAAGCUUUUUCCAGACUGAAAACGAGCCUGCCUUGGGUACCUGCGGACACCAAACUGUCCAAACUGGACACGCUGAGACUCGCCUCGAGCUACAUCUCUCACCUGAGACAGCUACUGCAGGAGGAGCGCUUCGAGAAUCGAUUUGCGCACCCUGUCAACUUGACUUGGCCUUUUAUGAUGACAGGACGAUCAGAGGACAGCCAAGAUAUCUCUUCUUCUACUGUAAGACUGUGUGGAGCUACAGCUUAGCCCUCCACCCUUCAAAAGUAGAAUCCUCUUGUCCAGUUAGUGGCCAUCUUUGGAUAAUCGUCUACAUAUCUGUGGCUCAGCCUCAACCAGUCCACCCAGAAAAGGCUUUGAACAGGACCUUUGACCCGCUUUGCAAGAACAGCAAAGACAGUGGUGGAAUGGUGUUUUCAGAUGUGUUUUCUUGUGUGCAUGUUUGCUGUAAUAAGUAUUUUGGCAUGUUUACACUGUGUGUAAGCUCAUUUACUUUUGGAUAUAACCUGAUUUGGAUUCACCAUCAACUUGUUUUUCAUCUAUUGACUACUACUUGAUCACGAACUUGAUGUAUACUUCAGUUAGAUGAGCUCAGUCAUCCCACAACUCCAAUAUUUUCAUCUCUUGUGCUUCUCUGAUUUGUAACCAGCAAUAUAAGCUGUAGAUCUGCAGUAUUUAUUUUGUUUGCAUCGUGGUUAAUAUUGUUGCUAUAAAAUGAUUCUGACAAUGUG